UUUAGGCUACAGGUUUAGUUCUCCCCAAAGUUGGCGCAUGGAUGAGCACGUGGGUAUUUGUUUUGUUCAAGAGACAAUAACAAAGCGGCCAUUUAAAGCCACUCCGAAACAGAACAGUUCAGAUCACCCAGCCUGAUGUGGACAGCACUUCAUGUCACCCUGAUGUUAACUGCGCUGCAGGUCAACUCGAUGAUUCCAACACUUCCUCCGCCGACAACAGUAGCAGGAUGGGAUCUGGUUGGACUCUAAAAUUCGCCGUCUGUGAGCUGCUGCAGUUCGCUGCUCUGGCCACGCCCCUCUUGGUGGUGAUGCAGCGGUUUGCCGCCAUCGUCUCCCGGGCGAAAGAGGAAGCAGUACCACCGGGCGACGCCCUCACCGCCUAUUGGCUGAUCGUAGCGUCGGGCGUGGCCUACAUCACCACCGUGGCUUUACUGGUCUGGCUGCCACUCAAGUACAUGGUGUUCAUGAAAAAGAAGAUCUUCAGUGGGCACAAAAUGUGGAGACCCGUGGCGUUGGCCUAUGUGAUCUUGUCCACUCUUCCCUGCUUUGCCUUCCUUAUCGCCAGCUCAGAGGUGCAGGUGGUUAACAACAUGUAUUAUGACACGUUUGAUGAGCUUCCCGUGUCUUUGGUUCUCUUCUCACUCAUAUGCAUUGACAUUGUGGAGAGGAUUCGCCACUGCAGACUUACUGGACAAGCCAGUGAGCUGGAUCGAGACUCGGACAUCCCCACUCUGACUCACUUGGAGCCAGUGACGCCUGUCAACGCCACGGCAACGGGCACAGCUGCCGCAGCAACGCUUCCUGUGGGCGGGGCCGAGCAGAACGGGGCGCGACCUUUACGACCAGGGGAGGCCAAUGGGACGGUCGCAGGCAUGCCUGUGGGCGGGACAGACCCGAGGACACGCCCCUUCGGCCCGGUGCCCGUGGGAAGCCCACACCCAAGCCCCACGUCCUCGGUCGUCACGGCAAUGCGAUUCCCACCGCCGUACUCUGGGCCCCUGCGGUUACUGCUGGCGAGCGACGCUCGGGCAGACGAGUUUGGCCACGCCUUCCUGUUCUGGCUGGACACUGCGGAGCUGCUGCGAGCAGGCGGGCGGCCGGACGUCUGCUUCUCCCGCUGGGUCUUCCCACUCUACAUCUGCGGCUUCCUGUCCUGCCUGCGGCUCAUCCUAGCCCCCUGCUGCCCUCUGCUGGCCCCUCUGGGUGUGCUGCUGCAGGACAUGCCCUUCCUGUUCCUGAGGGGGGCGCUGCUGGGUGCCUUCGGACGCAUCUCGCCGCUACUCUACCUGUUUAAGAACCUGCUGGUCUGCCUGGCCUACAUCUACUUCAACUUCAUGACCAAGCUGCGCAUCUUCAACACACAGAGGAUGUUCUGAGAGGACAGGCCUGGCCUACAUCUACUUCAACUUCAUGACCAAGCUGCGGAUCUUUAACACACAGAGGAUGUUCUGAGAGGACAGGCACCCGCUUGGCCCAUUGGAUGAGAAAAGCAACGGUGGCUCCAUCUGAUGAGAAAAACAAUGGCACCCGCUUGGCCCAUUGGAUGAGAAAAGCAACGGUGGCUCCAUCUGAUGAAAAAAAAACAACGGUGGCUGUGAUCUGAUGAGAAAAACAAUGGUGGCUGUGA